AUGCUGUCUUGCCGCCUCCAGUGCGCGCUGGCCGCACUCUCCAUCGUCCUGGCUCUUGGCGGCGUCACCGGCGCGCCCUCGGAUCCCCGACUCCGUCAGUUUCUGCAGAAAUCCCUGGCUGCUGCCGCUGGCAAGCAGGAACUGGCCAAGUACUUCUUGGCAGAGCUGCUGUCUGAACCCAACCAGACAGAGAACGAUGCCCUGGAGCCUGAAGAUUUGUCCCAGGCUGCUGAGCAGGAUGAAAUGAGGCUGGAGCUGCAGAGAUCUGCUAACUCCAACCCGGCCAUGGCACCCCGAGAACGCAAAGCUGGCUGCAAGAAUUUCUUCUGGAAGACUUUCACAUCCUGUUAA